UCAAUCUUUUGCGUCUCCAAAAGAUAAGCAACUUUGGAGAAACGCAGGUGCUUCAUGUCAUUAUGGCAUCUGGAUAGGCCCCGACAACAACCCGUGUUUGCCUUCCCAUUUCUUCCCUCACUAUGCUAAAUUGACGCAUGGGUCUGACCAUGCAUCAAAAGGAGGGAUGCAGCAAAUGAUUAAUACAUUUUGGUUCACAAAAGGGUUUUCUGCCUAUGCUCAAAAACACUGCCAAGCCUGUGUUAUCUGUGCUACUCACAAUGUAGGCAGGGCAAUCCAACCUUCCCAACAAGCUGCUCAUCCUCAACCAACUCGACCUUUUGAGCAUGUCAUGAUGGAUUUUGUAGAACUAACUCCAUCAGAAGGAAAGUCUCAUUGUUUAGUGAUGGUAGACAUGUGGAGCAAAUGGGUUGAAGUGUUCCCAGCCUCAAAACAAUUUGCCUCAGUAGUAGCUAAAGCCCUUCUUACUGAAAUCAUUCCCAGAUGGGGAAUUCCAGCUAAAAUCUCCAGUGAUAAUGGUAGCCAUUUUGUUAAUUCAGCUAUCACUGAACUGAGCCUAUACUUAGGCAUUAACCUGAGAACACACUGUGCCUACCACCCAGCUAGUGGAGGUGCAGUAGAGAGGGAGAAUGGAACACUAAAGAACAAGCUGGCCAAGUGUUGUGAAGACACAGGUCUUCCAUGGACAAAAGCACUUCCUCUAGUGCUUAUGUAUAUGAGAAUGCGAAAACGAAACAGAACUAACUUGAGCCCCUUUGAGAUUCUUUUUGCAACUCCUCCUUCUGUAGGUGUGGAAACUCCCCGAUCUCCACCCCCAUCAACAGCUCUUUGUGAUCACAACACACUAACCUACUGUACCAAUCUAUCCAAACAGCUCUCUGAUAUAAAGAAACAGGUGAUCGCAGCCCUCCCUGUUCCAGCCAGUGGUCCCCUGCACCAGCUCGAACCAGGUGACUUCGUGGUCGUAAAAGACUUCAGGAGGAAGUCGUGGAGGAACAGGAGGUGGCAAGGUCCGUUCCAGAUCCUGCUGACAACCCACACUGCUGUGAAGGUCGCUGAGCGGGCUACCUGGAUCCACGCCAGCCACUGCAGAAAGGUUCCAGCACCCCCUGCUGGUUCGACUGAAAAAAACUACAAACUCCGGAGGCUGCUAAGUAAGACUUUGCGUUCACAACAGGCACACAGGUGACCAAGGGCCCGAGGAAAGAAGACAACAAGUGGCGUGCAGACGUAGUUUCUGUGUCACCUUCGUGGGCGCAAGAAGACCUACACCACACCACACCCUACACCUGUUACAACAUUUCACUGUCUUUAUUUUUCACACAGUGACUCUCCCCAUGCAAGUCUGUAUAUUUUUAUGUGCUGUUUGUCCAGCUGUAUUAUUCCUAUGGUUAAGAAAGUUGUGGGCUCCUUGUUCUCGUUGCAGAUGGUGCGCUAUCACAUGCUUUCUGUCUCUGCUCCUGCUCCCCAGGUGACUUUGGACGACAUAGCUGCUGCUUAUGCCCUGACCGAGGACACGAGCACAGACGACUCACACACUGAUGCUGACUCUGAUGAAUGUGUAUAAAGGAUUUUGUUUGACAGUAACCCAGUUCUCUCUUUGCUAUGCUCUACUCAGGAUGCUUUCAUCCACAAAAACAGCUUGCAACUUUUAACUUAAGGUUUUCCAUUGAAUUGUAUUCUGUGUGACGACUGAUCGUAAACCAGUUGGAAUGCUCAGUCUGAAGUUUUUGAAUACUGUUCUUUUCUCCUAUUUGAUUGUCAUCUGGGAUUUUGUUGUGUUAUAUGAUGUGUGCAUAUUUUGGUAAUUCUAUUGUUGAUUGUGUUUUAUUGGUUGUUUUUCUCUUCCUCGUUUAUCCUUAAGGAUAAAAAGGGGGGAAAUGUAAUGGCAUAUUACAUGCACACAGACGUUUCUUUAGGUCACACAAGGUUCAGUGGAUAGUUGUUUCCUGGGUCACACGAGGUGUAGCGGGCAAUUAUGAGUUUCCCGUUUUAUCUCAAGGUCCCUGUCCUCCCUAGAAACUCCCUGUUCUCUAUUGAUAUCUGCUCGUUCUCACAACACCUUAUUGGCAUCAUAUCAGACAACUACUCUGACGAAUAUCCUGUUUCUAUAUCACGUACACAUAUUGCUGAAGACAUGUUUAUAUACGCCUUGUUUCUCUCUGCUCAGUGUUGUUCACUUUGCAGACUCUUCGACUCUGUAAACUGUGCUCCUCUGGUUGCAACUCAGAUUAAAUCAACUUGCUUGUA